AGCGUGCAGAAGUUUUUUUUUGUGAUCUUCUCGAGCUACUUACGUACAACUAAACGCAUGAUUAUCACUUUUAGCACAUGAUGCACUUUAGUUGUAUCAACAUCCACCUCUUGUUCUGAAAAUCCCUUUCAUCUGAUUCAACUUCAACAUGGGAAAUCUACAAGGAAAGCGAGGUAAGAAGAAGGAGGCUGCUGCUAAGGGAGAGCCACAGCAAGCUGAGGGACCGCCGCAGCAGAGAGUGGAAGCAUGGGGACAAACUUUAUGGACCACAGAUCCUAGUCCUAGAUAUCAACGAGAGGGUGGAUUUUCUUUUUGGUCCACCUUUCAAUUGUUUUCCAUAUGAUGGAAGUUGAAGUUAAUAGCCAUUCUUGUAGUUCUAGAAGUGAGACUUGUUGGAUGAAAAUUUAUGCGAGCGGUAAAGAUGAAGAUCAAGAAGAACAUCUGCAACUCGUCCUUCACUCAUGGUGCAACUUCUAACCUUAAGCAAUAGAAGCAACGCCUUCCCAGGUUCUCCGACCUCGCCAGGAUCAACCACGCAUGGUGCGGAAAAGGUGUCGCAAGUAGUCCCAUUACCUUGCGACGAAGUCCUAGAGGAUUUGGCACCGCGAAAAACCGAUAGUGUCGUUAAGGCUUCCACCCGCACCCCUAUUAAUCCAUAUCCAUCUUUUUUAUCUUUAAAACUAAUUAAAGGUACUUAUCCAGCAUCCUGGAGAUCAUGAGCUCUAACUUCCCGUCUCCAUCUUGCGAGCUUACAAACGGACAACCUGAUUGGCUACCUUAACCUGGUGGAUUUGGAGAGAUUUGGCUAGUGAUUUGGCUUGGAAUGAUCCAUAUCCAUUUACUACUCUUUUAUUGAUAAUCUAGUAAGUUUUGGUUUUGUGUGUUAGAAAUUGAUAAUCCUCUGUGAUGUUAUUUGUGCUUUGUGUCUAAAACUGUGAUUUUCUUCCAAGAUACAGAACAAGAUGUCGACGAGGAGUUAGAUCUUUUUCUUAAAUGGCAGGACGAUUAGAGCGGCGAGCUCUAACUUGCCGUCUCCAUCUUGUGAGCAGGCGUCGCCGAAUUACAAGCAUCGCUCAGGGACUCGCAAAGUCACGCUCAACGAUGACAGCCUAAUUGAGCAGAUAACAUACAUAGGUACUGAUGACUCAUUAGGAUUGUUUUUGUUAUUUGAUGGACAUCUUCAUCUAUGAAGAAGUAAGACUAAGAUGAAAGAGUAGGAUUAUGGUCUUCAUCACGGUCAUGAUGAUCGUGUCUGAAUCGCAUCAAAUCUCUUGAACCAGUCGACGACGACAAGUCGACCGAAGCGCAUGCGCCACUUCAUCAUGGUUCUCACCCUCAUGAAGAUGCUCCUGAAGACUCUAGCUGGCAGCAGAGAGGACCAGGAUUGCCUGCGCCUGGCGGUGGAAGCUCGGGUUCCUAUCAACAACAACAUGCUGGUAGCGGUGGUCAAUAUACUGGUCCAUCAGGUGACAGAGAUCAUCAGGAGCAGCACUAUGGAGGAGCAGGACCGCAACAAUAUGGCCACCCCUCAAGCAAUAGAGGCCCGCCAGUGGGUGACCCUCGAGGACGUCCUCAAGGUGACCAGCAAGACCAUCAGCAGCAACCGUUCAAUGAUAAGAGCAUGGAUUACAACCCUGAAAAUCAACAGGGUGGACCAGGAGACAGAGGACAACUACAGCGAGGACCUCCGCAGCCUUACCAAGCUGGCGCGGGUGUCAUUCCUCGAGUAGGGGCUAGCAGCGCUGGUGCGGCACCGGUACCCAGGCGUAUCCCAAGUGGGACAGGAGGACAGUAUCAAGGACCUGGUGGGGCAGGAGACGGCGUCAUCCCCAGAACCUUCAACACAUCAGGAGGAGGUCAGAGCAAUUCGUUUAUUAUGAUAAUGGAUGAUUCCCUUUCCCUUCAGUGUAAGUAAGUACUUGUUAAAGACGAAGAACAAGAUGAGUACGCAAAACCGGGCUAUCGCACGCAUGAUCAUUAGCACGGGCAGAGGCACUCAUGAAAAUGAAGAUGAUUACCAGAGACGACGGGAAACACCAAUUGAACUCUUCUCCUUCUAACUCCGGUAAUCACACCAGUCACGUGAACAAUGCACAAGGCAACGAUGUCAGGAUGAACCUUUUGAACCUGGAUGGCGCAGUGGUCGAUGAUAGAUCUAUGGAUGAGCUUUCGCUGACACCGACUAAAACGCACGACCACGGACAGCCACCAGAUGUCAACAGCAACUUGUUGUAUACAGUGUUACGGCUAGGUCUGGGUGGUUGUGGUCGUUCUUUUUUUGACUAAGUACUUGUUCCUGGGCCGCUUGUGGGAAUUUUUGGAGCAGUUCUACUAGUUUUACUGCGCGUCACCAGUCACUACAACAACCACGACUUACAAAUCACAAACACUGAUGUACAGGCAUCCUCAUCCCAAAUCUAUUAAAAAAUUUUUGUUGUUCCUUCAUUGCUUUGUCCUGGUCCAGCUCUAACCGAGAAAACGAAUGUCCCACAAGCACAGGGACGAGGUGAGGGUUGGUAUCGAUCGCAAACCUUCCACAACUUUGGAGGCGAGAAGAAAAACCAGCGCGGUCAGGGUCUCUAUUAAGAGCGGCUGGUGAUGUUAUUGUUGUCAUUGCGGUUCAGGUUCAUCUUGUCGUGUACAUUUCUGCUGCUGCACAUCCACAUGUUCAUCUUCUAGUUCUACUACACCUACCUCAUGAACACUAGGGCUAGAAGUACAUGCUCUUCUAUCUAUUUUAGCUGAAAGAACAAAACAGCACUAUCAAGCUUCAGUACGUUAAAGAUGAUCUCCAGGCUUAUUUGUCUUUACAUUGAUAUUGAUUAGGAUUAUGUCCUCGCACCUUCCCUCUAACCUUGUCAGCCUCGCACUGAUAUGGGCACUGCUGGCAGCACAUCUUCGCGAAGGAUACGAGCAGCAGGGGCGCCCGGAGCUCCUCCGAGAUUACAACAACCACACCAGGAUGAGGAGACGGCUUCGCCGCAAGACUAUGAAGAUUUUUUUACUUCGCUUGAGUUUUUGUACUUCUCAGCCAAAAAAAUGAAGAGGUCACGGUUGAUUAAGAUUUAUUCUUCAUUCGUCUUGCAUAUCAACGAAUAUCAACGACUCAUUCUCUUACUACUCAUACUAUCUAAUCAGCUUGUCCUUGUUCCUUUAUUCAUCAUAAUGUACAACUUGUGCCUCCUUCUCCUUCUUCUUCUUCUUCUUCUUCUUCUUCUUCUUCUUCUUCUUCUUCUUCUAAUCAGCAGCAGAGGAAGGCAAAGAAAAUCAGUUGCCAGGAGCAAACCGGGAGUGGGUUGAGACGCGCGCUCUCACAAAGAUGCUGCUUUCACAUGGUGGCCUUCCGGAAGAACAGUUUGCUGGAAUUAUACCGAGACCCCCCGCGGCUCUCCCAGCAGCGGCUGCUCCACGACACGCGGGGCCAGCAGUUAUGGAGGUCUUGAUUUGUAGUACAACAACUGGUCCUAGAAGUGUCUAGACAUGCAUCUUCUAACACAGUCUACUAGACAGUUGUACACCAGUUGCACCACCUGUGUCUAGAAGUGUACCAUAACAAAGUAUCUACUACACUGACUUUUUACACCUGUCUACUACACUACUCUAAAACUAAUGUAGUCUGAAGUAGACAUACACUUACACCUGUCUACUACACUAGUUGCAGUCACCGUAAUGGAACCUGUCUAGUUUGUUAGUACAACAACCUGUAUGGAGGUCUUGAUUUGUAGUACAACAACUGGUCCUAGUAGUCUCGUUAUUGAUGAACACCCAAUCACCUCAUGGAGGAGUUCACAAUUUCUACGCACCUCUGUGUCCUGGCUAUUGUUUAGUUUCAUAAAUAGUAUGUGUAUGACUUCUAUGUGAGACUCGUGCCAUGCCAUGACCACCAAGUCCUAGUGUGGUCUCUAGACAUGCAUCUUCUAACAUUAUCCUGAAUGUGAAUGUAACAGACCCGAAUAAAGGGCGUGGCAUGCCACCCCCGCACUCGACGCAAGACAAGAGUGAGGACGCAAACUCAAGUUGUGACAAACCUGGAGGUACUCGUUCUUGCUAACCUUACUUGCUUAUUUCAGUUUUUCGUAUCUAUACAAAGUUUUUCUUGAAAAAAGGAUGACGAUGACGUUGAUCAUGAUCUUGUAUCUCUGCACCUCUACCACUUCAUUCGCAACAACCAGGUAAAAGAAACUCUUACCAAAGUCAGGCCAAGAGAAUUCGUGCUUCCUCCUUCCACCAUACAAAUUCCUUCAUGAACGUGGCUAUGGACGAACAGAGCAGGGUAAUUGUUUUCAAUUUUGUUUACAACUAUCAAUCUAGACCCUCUAGAAGUUGUCCCAGUAUGCAUGUGCGGUUUCUCAGUGGGUAGAUGAAUAUGCUGGUAGUUGUUGCUUUGUGCGUGCAGCUGCAAGGUAAAUCAGGGAAGAACUUCACUUGCUUUCGUCUGUACCUUGCUAAAACAGAAAUCUUGUGCCGAAGCUGCCGCAAGCUGGCGCAUGCGUUAUCUGAAAGAGCAGGCAGCUGGCCAAGUUGUUGGCCAGAUGGGAGUUUCCGAAAGAACGGCCGGUAUGGUAAGUCGCAUGGCGGCUGCGGCACCACAAUCCGUUAUUCCUGGAGGAGGGCCUCCGAUGUUGUUACAUGAUAGACGCUGA